CCCGCUCGAUCCACGAACGUCCCCAGUUGCUAGGUAACCUCUGCAGGGAGGACUGUGAUUGGUGGUGGACGAGGAAGCUGCUUCCGGCUGCUGGUGAACAGCAACAAUAAUAAAACACCUGUGCAGGUUUAAGAGGAAAACAAACCCAGAGAAAAAAAAACUCCGAGUGCUUUUUGGACGAAGACGAUGGACGAAGGCAGCGAGUUGUCUGUGACCAUCGCUCACAUCGUGCAGCGGCUCAAAGGAAGUCACCUGCACUCCCAGAUAGAGAGACAAGCCAAAGAGUGUUUACAUCAGCCUGAAGUAAAGCUGGAGUCUCUCAAAGAAGACGUCCGCAGUUUCCUCAAAACAUCAGGCUGGGAAAGGAAGCUGCAGAAUGCUGUGUACAGGGAGCUGCACGUCCAGCUGCCCCCGAGUCAUCCCACGGCUCCUCCUGAGCAUCUCAAAGAGCCGCUGGCCUACAUGCGCAAGGCACAGGCCAGCUGGGAGAAGCGUGUCCUCAAAAGCCUGAACAGCAUGAGCACCGAGCUGGGGGUGCCUCUGGCCCGCAUGAGGCCUGCAGUGGAGCAGAAGGAUCUCACUAACAAAUGGAACGAGAUGGGCACAGAUGAACCAGAUUUAAGCCGCUUCAGGCCCGUCUAUGCCCCCAAAGACUUUCUGGAGGUGUUAAUCAGCCUGCGGAACCCCAACCACAACAGCAGCGAGGACGUCGGUGCCAGGAGCCACUGGGGCCUCAUCCAGGUCCCCCUCAAUGUCAGGGAUGUCCCACAGCUGAGACAGGCCUACUCAGAGCUUAACCUGACCACAGGGCAGCUGGGGAUUGACGACCAUGCACAUGUUCCUCCAGACUUGUUUGAAAAUGACUAUGUUCAAAUCGGGAAAAAGGUGGUUCUGGAUCAGGACAGUGCAGCAGCGCAGCAGUACAGCAGGCAGGGCUGCCCCACUGGGCUCCGGGCGGACCUGUGGGCCCUCAUCCUGAACUCCACCAACCAGCCUCCGGAUGUGAUGCAUUAUGAGCAGCUGAAGGCUGGAGUCAUUCAACACGACCUGCUGGUGGACAACCUUAUCUAUAAGGAUGUGAAGCUCACCGCCAGUAACGACGACUACUACUUUGUGUUUGAAGACUUCCUCUAUCAGGUGCUGCUGUGUUUCUCCCGGGACACCGCUGUGCUGGAGCACUUCAAAUACAACAGUGCCACCCCUCCCAAAUCCUACAUCCAGGGGAAAGUGGGAGAAGAGGAGUGUGCUGUUGUUUAUCCUCCCAACGGUGUCAUCCCGUUCCAUGGCUUUUCAAUGUACGUGGCCCCUUUGUGUUUCUUGUACAACGAGCCGUCCAAGCUCUACAGUGUAUUCAGGGAGAUGUACACCCGCUUCUUCUUCAGAUUACACUCCAUCUCCUCCUUUCCCUCGGGUAUAGUGUCUUUGUGCCUGCAGUUUGAGCGGCUGCUCCAGACCCACCUGCCCCAGCUCUUCUACCACCUGCGACAGAUUGGUGCACAGCCGCUGCGUAUCGCCUUUAAGUGGAUGGUGAGGGCCUUUUCUGGAUAUCUGUCUACUGACCAGCUGCUUCUUCUCUGGGAUCGGAUCCUGGGAUACGACUCGCUAGAGGUCGUUGCAGUCCUCGCAGCUGCUGUGUUCGCCUUCCGCGCCGAAAACCUGAUGGAGGUGACGUCACUGGCCUCAGCUGAGGCUGUCCUCGCUGACCUUUCAACCCUGAAGGUUAUGCCUCUCAUCCAGAUCUCUCUGUUCGCCACCGCCAUCUGAGGAGUGCCGACGAGUCGUGGUACGUACGUUAAAGAGACAAUAAAAAAAAUUGCCACUCUACUAUGCCAUAGCCACAAUAUGGAUAUAAUCGUCUGUCAAGAAACGCCCGACUCCACUGUGAAGUAAUAACCUACACUGGCAUCACACACCUCAUCUUGCAGUGCUUCAAGUCAAAUCUUUCAACUCCUCUUUAGCAUGUAUGCAGCAAAUAUAAUGAAUACUCUGUAUCGUGUUAUUAGAUCUUAUACAGCAUAUAUAUAAGUAAAGCCUACAGACUAUUAAGGUGCAGCUAACCUCCAUAAGCCAUAUGCCCUGCAGGAAAGUUGAUACAAGCAGUCGCGCUGGGAUCUGCUGAGCAGCUCAUUAGGAGAAGCACGAACUGUUACGAUUGCAGCGUGCGAGACAGAACAACAGUAAUGUCUCCAUGCUCGGUUAAUGAAGUGUUAAUUAGCUCUUUGCAAUUUAUUCUGCUCCUUUGCUCCCGAUUGUUAUAAUACCAUUCGCUAACGCUGUCACUAAUGAAGCGUCAAGUCCGUGACAGCAUGUUGGGAGAAACGGACACAAACCUAAUAAAACUAUGAUAAGCAGCUGCUUUGUUCACAUAAUGUAUUAUAUUUAUUAAUUCAUUUGAUAUUACUGCCCUCUCCAGGGGCAUUUAUUACCUUCAGUGCCACUAUUUAUUCUUUUUUAUGGUUGUUUUACUGUUUAAGAUUUUGCAUUUAAUGCUUGAAUGUCUUCACCUAUAUGUCCUGUUUAAAGAUAAUGUGUGCGUCACCUCCAUUUUUUUCAUUUUUUUAGUCAAGUAAUGCCGAUGUCUUCCAUCCAACACAUUUUAAUGUUCAACCUCAUGAACACAUAUUUUAUUUAAACAAAUAAAAUGUUGUUGAAUCACUUCCUCCACUUUAUUCUACAAAACGUUGAGUGACUUAGACUUUGAAAUGUGUGACAGCUUUUUCAAAGUUUGGCCUCGGUAGACGCUGCCUGAUCUUUCCUGCUC